ACACCGCUCGUACACAUGUGCAUGAACGUGCGUAGGCUCGCGCCCGUAAACGCCAGGGGCGUGCCACCAUUGCUUGGCGUCACCACGUACUCCUUGCCGGCUGGAGCGUCAUGGCGGCCCGUAUGGCGCAGCGAGCGUUUUCCGCUCUUCCCAGGCUCUUCCAGAAACGGAACCGAUGUACUAUCUUGGGAGCUUCGGCCGGUCGGCUGCUAUCUUUUAGCGAAGCAACGUCCCGGUCUGGAGUGGCGAGGUCCGCUGCGAGCGACAAACCGCUCCGGCUGCCCAGUAUCGCCAAGAACUCUGGGGGCUCCGGGUCCCGACAACCUUCACUACUGUGGAGCGCUUUGGACUGACGAUGUAGAAGAUGAAGCUAAGAAGACCGAAGAUGAGAUCAUCAUGCUCCUGAAGCGCUCCAAGCUCAGCAUCAUCCAGGGGGAGUUCCAGGCAGCCAGCAGGACCCUGCACCAAGCCAUCCGGCUGGCCCACCAGAGCCACAACACUCAGGCUAUCAUCUACACCUACACAAUGAUGGCGAACCUGGCUUUUGUGCAAGGCCAGCUGCCCGAGGCGGAGAAGCUCUUCAAAGCGGCCAUGAGCUUCCUGCUGGCUGGGGGCACCCCGGAGGACGACAACGCUGUGGUCGAGAUGAGUUUGAAGCUGGCCAGCAUUUAUGGCUCGCAGAACCGGCAUGACUUGGCAGAGCAUGGUUUCCAGUUCUGUGUGGAGUCCCUUGAGGCCAAGAUUGACAAGCAUAAAGAGCUUUCCUCAGACAGUCUUACAGACGAGGAGCGGAAGGACACGCUGCUGCUUCUGGGCUUGUGCCUGGACUCGCGGGCCCGGUAUCUGACUGCCAUGCGUCGGCUGGACCAGGCACGGAGCGAUUACCAGCGUGCGCUCGAGAUCUGCAGGCGAGAGCAGGGCGACACUCACCCACAGACCCUGGUGCUGAUGAAUGAUCUGGCCACAGUGCUGGACAUGCAGGGCCGCCACGAGGAGGCACUGGCCCAGGUGAAGAAUGCCGUGGCCUUCGGCAAGGAGACGGGAUUCCCUGAGCAGCAUGUGCUGCUCGGAAACAUGGCGGGCAUCCUGCUGCACCAGGGUCAGGUGAGUGAGUCAGCACGUCUCUACCAGGAAGCACUGGAGAUGGCCAAGACAGCCGGUGACAACGAGGCGGUGGAGAACAUUCAGGAAGGGCUGAAGGAGCUGGACAGCAAGCGGGGUGGACAGGCGGGCAAGGCCUGAGAACCUGAGCCUCACUGGAGCCCCCCCUUUCCACUCAGAUAAUCAGGGGCUAAAUGUAAGGGACAUUGGGUGAGGUGGGGGGCACUGAGAGGGGGGCUUAAAUCAGGCAGUGACAGACAGCCUGUAAUAAUUCUGCCCGCCGUGGAUCUGCAAGCCUCAUCUAUCAGAUCACUGCCCUAUUGAUCAGUCAUGCAUUUGCUGAAUCAGAUGCCAGCAGGCAGUUCUUCUCCCCGGGGACUGGAGUCCUGUACAAUUUGGAGGACUGUCACUUGUCUCACAGCUAGACCACCUUAUGUAACGAUUGAAACUGGCAACGUUGAAGAGAAGCGCCGUGAGCCCCAGCUGGAGACACCUGCCCCAGGACCGGCUCGCUCCUGUGAAGCCGGCAUCAUGGGGAAGGUGCAGCCAUGAGGAACACCAUCCUGAACGUGGGCUUUAACUGCACUGUAAAGCCCUGCAAUAGAAUCUCUCAUGUUUAUUAAUAAAUGUUUGAUUUGCCGUGCAUUGGAGUACUAGGGAGGAGUUACCAGUUAAUACUACGAAAACGAUCAUGUUCCUCUUGUGUGACCAGAGUUUUCCUCUCUUUGCAAAUUGAGUGGGUCAUUCAGACAAUGACUAUUUCCCUCGUGUCACAUAAUCUAAACUCGCUGAUUAAUCCAGCUAAGAGAUACUUUCAACGAGAUGAGUCUGGUCUCAGAAGCUGUGGCAAGAACCCAUGCUGUUUGGUGGCUGAGCCCUGUCACAUUCUUAGCUGAGUUUGGGGUUAAUUUAGACCGACAGAUAACAGGUAUGUAAUGUUUAUGCUGAGACACAGGUAUGUCAACUGACUAAGUCCUGGAUUCCCGUCACAGAUGGCAGUGACCUGCCCAACCCUGGCUGCCUUUAAGAUGGCAGAAGAGCAGCAUGAUGCCACUGACCUUGGAUCCAGUAAAACGUACACGCUUGCUUCUGACAUAUCUGCAUUCACAGAAGCCAAAGCAGCCAACUGCCCCAGAAACCUAUCCCUGUUGAAUCUAUACUGUUGUUACUACUAAAUACAUUGGGAAGGAACACUGUAUUUAAUAAACAGAAAUUAAUGCUG